GGCUGGGGCUACUAUGCUACUAUGCGCAUGCACGUCAGAGCUGUUUGCUUCCUGAAGCCGCCAGUCGCUGGAAAGAAAGGUACUGCAGGGCUGAUGUCGCGACCUUGUGGACUCCGGGAGCCUGUCAGAAGCAAUCUAAUUGAUGAUGCCAAGGCCCGCUUGAGAAAGUUUGAUGUCGGAACCAGGUAUUCCCACUUGUCCUCUAAUAAAUACUCUGUCCUUCUGCCAUUGUUGGCUAGAGGAGGAAAGCUGUACUUGCUGUUCACCGUCCGCUCAGACAAGCUGAGAAGGCAACCUGGAGAAGUCUGCUUUCCUGGAGGAAAGAGGGACCCUGUGGACACAGAUGACACGGCCACUGCUCUCCGUGAAGCCCAGGAGGAGGUGGGGCUGCAUCCCCACCAAGUGGAGGUCGUCUCUCACCUGGUGCCAUACCUGUUAAAUAAUGAUGAGCUGGUGACCCCCGUAGUGGGUUUUCUAGACCACAACUUCCAGGCCCAACCUAAUGCUGAUGAAGUCAAGGAUGUGUUCCUCGUGCCUUUGGACUAUUUCCUCCAUCCCCAAGUCUACUACCAGAAACACUUCACACACUCUGGCCACCAUUUCGUCGUACACUGCUUUGAGUACACAGACCCCGAGACUGGUGUGAAGUACGUAAUCAAGGGGAUGACCUCAAAACUGGCUGUAUUGGCUGCCUUAAUUAUUUUGGAAAAAAGCCCUUCCUUCGAAAUUGAGUUUGAUCUCCGUGACCUGAUACCAUCUUGUGAAAAGAUAUUUCUUCGUAGAUAUUCUUCAAGCAAGUUGUGAAGACACCGAAACCCAAAAGAACAUCCAUGCAUUUUUUUGCCUGAGCUUAUGCUAGGAACAACAGCGUUAGCGAGUGGCAUCUGACAGGUGUGAAUAUUUUCCUACAGUGUGACUGUAGAGAUCCUUGCCUGGCUUCCAGUUGCUGCUUUAGAACACUAAAAGUCUUUCAAAACUGGAAAAAUGCACUGGCAGGGGAGUACAAUUUUACCCAUUAAAAAUGUCACCGUUUUUCAGUCAUGUUAAGGGUAUCUGUCACAUAGUAGGCACUUAAUAAAUAUUUGUCAAAUAUA